GUAAUAUGUAUUCUAAUAAAUUAUAUGCAUCGAAAGAAUAUAAUAGAUGUGAGAAACAUAAGAAAAAAAAAUGUAGGUGUGAUUAUAAUAAUGUUGAACAUGUAUGUAAUGUUUGUGAUGAAGAAUGUCCGGUUAGAACGAUGACAAGAUUUUUAGGACCGUUUGAAUAUGGAAAUUUUCGUGAAUUGGGAGAUAAUAGACGAUUAAAACGAAUUCGAGAUGAUGAUAUAACAUUCAAGGAACUUAUAUUGAAUCCAAAAGAUAUGCCUACAACAUGGUUUCAGAAUGCAAAAGGAGCAUUAAUGAUUGAGAAUGCACGAAAAAAAUAUUUAAAAUUAGAUAGAGGUCACAGAUUUUGGCAUCCGUUAGUAUUUUAUUUUUAUGGACCUGGUGGUAGUGGCAAAACAGGUUUGGUUCAAGAAUUGUUUGGAGAAGAAUAUUAUGAAAAAUCUAAAAAAAUGAGAUCUGGUUCUAGUUGGUGGAAUGAUUAUGAAGGAGAAGAUAUUGUUUUUUUAGAUGAGUUUUAUAUGAAGAUUGAAUAG